CUCAUCGUCUCGAACGCAAAGUGUUGAUUCGCUUCCAAGCUGUGAAUCUGGAAGGUCCCAGAGAUCUCAUUCCCAGUCCCAUGGUAGUAGGAGUGUCCGGGGAUCACCAAUGAGAGUUAUGAAUGUGAAUACCGCUUCAAUAUUUGAAUUGAUGAAUGUUCGGGGAAUGAAUCAAGAAUUAGCUGCAAAUAUUGUAGACCACAGAGAAAGAAAAGGACCUUUCAGAAACAUAGAAGACAUGAUAAAAGUCCGAGGAAUAAAUAGCCGUGUUUUGAGUGUCCUUAGAGUAUAUUUAACUGUGAACGAUUUAACUCCUUCCUCUCCUCCAAUGAGCGAUGUGCUAUCAGUUGCAAGUUAUAGUAAAGUAUAUCAGCGUACCACUGAUGGAAAGAUGCCAGCCAGCUACUCGCCAUGUCGUAUUGUGAUUAGUCAGGGGCCUUAUCUUCUUGAUCUUAAUGACCUGAAAAGUCACAGACGAACACACUCUGCACCCCUGAAUAAUGACGGAAGUGGCAGGAGACCUUCAGUAGAUACCCCUUUUUCGUGUGAUGCUAGAGUCAGUGUGGAUUUCAGUUCAGAAAUAUAUGAACUUCUGUCCUUACGGUUAGUAUAUAAUGUAUGACUUAUUUUAAUGCUGUAGUGACUGUAUGACAUUAUUA